AUGAAUAAUAUUCUAUUAUCAUCGUAUUUUGUUGGUAUUCUCAUGAUGAUAAUGAUGAUUUUGGCAUCGUCGAGUUUGGCUGAAGUGCAACAACAGGAAUAUGAUGCAUUGGGAGAUUUGGAUGAUUUCUUCGAUAUGUCAGAAGUCGGCGAUCUGGGAGCUGAUAAUUCGACAAGUCGGCUUGAUUCAGCAGUCAAAACCACCGCUGCCAAAGUUGUUGUGAUUACAAAAAAAGCUACGAAACCUCCAAAUAAGACUACAAAACCUCCGAAGAUUCUAACCAAGGCCACAACUACCAAAGUUCCGAGCACCAAGGCUACAACUACAAAGGCUCCAGAUACUACGGUACAAACUUCUACAGUUGCCAAAACCACGACUACUGUAGCUCCAACUACUACUGUAGCUCCAACAACUACAGUAGCUCCAACAACUACUGUAGCUCCAACCACUACAGUAGCUCCAACAACUACUGUAGCUCCAACCACUACAGUAGCUCCAACCACUACGGUAGCUCCAACCACUACAGUAGCUCCAACGACUACUGUAGCUCCUACUACUACAGUAGCUCCGACUACAACAGUAGCUCCAACUACUACAGUAGCUCCAACAACUACUGUAGCUCCAACAACUACUGUAGCUCCAACGACUACUGUAGUUGUGACCACAGUAGUUCCAACAACUACUGUAGUUCCAACGACUACUAUAGCUCCAACAACUACUGUAGUUCCAACUACAGUAGCCACAGCGAAACCUUCAACUACUGUAGUUCAGACUGAUGCGCCGACAACAAAACAAGCUACAGCACCAGUCACAGUUGCUGCAACUACAAAACAAGCUGCACCUAUAACUAUCCCACCAAAUCCAAAGCCAGUGACAACAUCUAGAGUUGAAUCAAAGCCAGUUACAGCAGCCCAGACAGCUGCAAAGUGAGUUUGAGUUUGAAAAUUCAGAAAAAAAAAUUUUAUUUUUAUUUUUCAGGAAGUCAAAAACAAUCACAGUUGAAUUGAUUUUAUCCUCCCUAAUGCUGGUUGCGAGUACAAUUUCCCUGGUCGCCUCAUAUUUUUCAUUCGAAGCCAAACGUUCAAUCAAGAAGAAGACAAAGUAAGUGGGGGGCCCUACAGUAAUCUUUUUGUUUUGUAUAGACAUUGUAUCAAAGAACAUUAUUUCAAGUGCAUCACUUUUUUCACAUGACUUAUUUGUUAGAAUAAUAUUUUUCUCAUUUUUAUAAAAAUUUCCAAUUUUUGCAGAGAACUUGGCAAAACGAAGAAGCCUGAAAAAAAUGCGGACAACAAAACCAAAAGUGUGGAAUGA